UUUGGGGUGAGUCAAAAGGUGCAAUGAUAAGCAUGAGUUGAGCACUAAAACUGAAACUGUACCACACUAAGACCCUUCUUAUUAACCCCUCCCCACCACCUACCCUAUCAUGAUGCACCACUUUGCUAUGGACAACUCUCAGCAUCAGCAUCAGCAUCUCCUCCAAUUCUUCCACACCACCCCCUUCUUCCAAUCUCCCCCCCACACCACCACCUCCCACCAAUUGCAAGACAGAGCCCUGGCUGCCAUGAACAACCACAAGGAAGCUGAGAAAAGAAGGAGGGAGAGAAUCAACUCCCACCUCGACCACCUCCGCACUCUUCUCCCUUGCAAUUCCAAGACAGACAAAGCUUCGCUUCUCGCCAAGGUUGUCCAGCGAGUCAAGGAGCUCAAACAGCAAACCUCCCAAAUCACUGACCUCGAGACGGUUCCCUCGGAGACCGACGAGAUCACCGUGCUCUCCACCGGCACCGACUACGAAGCCGGCGGCGAAGGGAGGCUCAUAUUCAAAGCCUCUCUCUGCUGCGAGGACCGCUCCGACCUCAUCCCGGACCUCAUAGAAAUCCUGAACUCGCUUCACCUCAAAACCCUCAAAGCGGAAAUGGCCACGCUCGGAGGAAGAACGCGCAACGUUCUCGUCGUGGCUGCUGAUAAAGAACACAGCAUCGAGUCCAUUCAUUUCCUUCAGAACUCCCUCAAGUCCUUGCUAGACCGUUCCACUCCAACUGACAGGUCAAAACGACGCCGUGGCCUAGACCGAAGACUAAUGCCUUUAACAUGACACCCCAUGCAAAUGCACGUCUUACAAACAUCACUCUUCCUACAUAUCUUUCCUUCAUUUCGAUUUGCUACCACAACCACAACCCCCAACAUACCCUAUUACAUUUCUAAGCCUACAAAAUUUUGUUUAAAGUCUAGACAACUUGGUUAAAGUUGUACAAACCACUGUUACUUUUGCGAGUUUUGGUUAUGGAAAGGGAAGUUAAUUAAGAUGGAUAUGUAUUACUUAGGUUGUUAUUAUAGUACGUAGUAGGUACUACUUAGGUAUAGCUAGGGUUUAUGUGAUGUCUGCAUGGGAACCAGUGUUGCAUGUAAGUAGGAGGGUAAGAAUCUUAGUGGGGUUUUGUUUAAUUACGUGAUGUGCAAGUUGAGGCUAGGGAAAGGAGUCUGUCUGUUCUGUAAAAGCAAUGCUUCUGUGAGUUUCCAAGUUGUAGAAAAUGGCAUAUUCCUUUCUCUUUCUCAUGUC